AAUACUUUAUAUUAUAUACUUAAAAUGUACCCCUAAUAAAAGGGAUAGUUACUGCAUUGAGGAGUUGUUCCAAACCUGAUUAUGAAUUGGAUGGAGAAUUGUCUCAUUGACACUCAUACCACAUCUUAUUUAUAUACAAAUUUAAGUGCCAAAAAGACAAAGAACAUAAAUGAGAACACUAAAACCACAGAGACACAGAUACUCAACACACAUAUAAAACACAAAAAAGACAUUGUACACACAUCAACGAACCGCUCAAACCCCAAAAACCUGAAGGUGAACGCAGGUGUUCUGGAAGGAUGAGCAGUUCCUGCUUCUUGCAAGACAGCCGCCAUGUUGCUAGUUAUAAGUCAUAUGCAGAAAAGGAGGAAAGACAUCUAAGACAAUUCAAUGGAGAUAAUUUAAAGCAGUUGAAAUAAUAAUUCACCUAUAAACUAGAGAAAUGUUAGAAUACACCUGAUUAAAUGCCUUUGGUUAGGAAAAGAGGAAUACCUUAUGCCCAUAAUACAUAUGAGAAAGGUAAAAGGAAAUUAAAGAAGGGUGUUCAGGUCAUCAAAAAAAUCAAACAGGAAACAAAAUCUACAUCUGGACUCCAGUUUGCUUCCAUACAUUCAGGAAAUGACCCCAAUUCAAAUCCUCCUUGUUCAAGUUCAUCAACUGUUGACAUUGAAGAGGAAGUAACAGCAUAUUCAAAAGCUAAAUCCAAGCGCCUUGAAAACUGGGAAGGGUUAAGAAGUCAGUUAUUGGAGGUCUAUGUCUCUCAUGAGGAACCGUGUAAUUCCAUAUGUAAUUUUUGUGGUGUGGCAUCUAUAGAUUUGUACAGAUGUCUUGACUGUGCAUUGUGGAUAACAACAUGUCAGUCCUGUAUGACAAAAAGUCAUUCCUUUCCACAUCUACAUACAAUUGAGAAGUGGAUGCAUGGAACAUUUAUUGAAUGCCCUGUAAACAGCAUAGUGUGGAAAAGAACUGACCAUGUGGCAUGUGAGAGCAACUACCAAAAAGAGUUGGUGAUUGUAGAUGACAAAGGCAGACAACAUUUAAGACAUGUUCAGUUUUGCAGUUGUGAGCAGGAACCUAUAACAUUGCUACGGUUUAACCUAUGGCCAAGCAUCACCAAAACACCCUAGACUAGCAUUUCAUGUUGAACUUUUGAUGCUCUUGAAUGGACUUCUUUUAGAGAGCCAUGUCUCAGUAAAAAGCUUCUGUGCUGUUUUGACGGCUAGACAUUCAAAACACAAUGCUUUUUAUGCAACUAAAGAGAGGCAAGACCUGUACAAGAUCCUGAUGAAGGAAACAAUUCAAGAGUUUAGACAUCUCUUGUACAAAAAAGAACAUCCAAAGCACCUUUGUGAAAAACUUGAUGAUGGCACUGAAUGUCCUGCUUGCUAUAAUGUUACUCAACCUAUUGUUUCAUUUGAUGCUGACUUUCAGCUUGUAAGGAAAGGCUCAUCAGGAAAUAAUUGGAAACCACCAAAUCAUGAAGGACACUUUUUUGUUAAUCAAGAUUCUGUGGACAACUUCAUGUCAGAAUAUACUACUGAUAACAAAAAAGAAGAUGUGGAAUGUAAUGAAUUUCAAGCUGGAAAUCAGUUGAGAUCCAAAAUAAAGAACAAAAAACUGUCUGAAACAGCUGUGUUUGGGUCUAUUUGUCGCCAUGAAUUUCCACAGCUGUUCUGCAGUCUAAAACACGGUGAAAGACUUGGCUACUCUGUAUUCCUGAUAGAUAAACUACUUGAAAAGUAUGAAAGCAAGAAUAUACAUGUGAUGUAUGACAUCGCUUGUAUUCUAGACAAGCAUUUAAAGAAAUACAAAGUUGAUGUUCUUGAUCGUAUUUCAUUAUCCAUUCCAAUUUUCCACUGCUUCGGGCAUAAGUUUUCUUGUCAGGUAUUUUGA